AUGAUUCAGAUGAUGCUCCCCAGCGGUAAAGGCCUACUGCAUCGGCACGCAGGCAACAGGGAUGAUGGUGCGGACGCUGGUGUGGACAUACACCCACCUAGUGCAGAUACUGGUGUAGACGUUGGUGUAGAUGAGCCUGAGGGAUUUCCAGGUGGGCCGCGUGACCCAUUAGUGCUUACGGAGUAUGCUGUCCAUGUUGCAAUCAGCGUAUGGAAUAGAGAGGAACGUCCAGAAUUGAAGUUAUUCUCCUAUGGGAGGAAGGUGCAGAAAUUAGGUAGGCCUGCUCCUCAAAUUGAGGGGCUAUUUGCUGCCACAGGACUAAGUCCUUUGAUCGCGUGUUCGGUAGACACUGGUGAUCGGGGACUUAUAUCCUCGUUUGUGGAGAGGUGGCAUAAGCAGACUAGUAGUUUCCAUCUUCCCGUGGGGGAGGUUAGCAUCACCCUGGAUGAUGUGGCGUCUCUACUUCAUCUUCCCAUAGUUGGCCUUACCUUCCAGCCUCUGCACGUCGAGGAGGCGGUGUUGAUGUUGGUUGGGUUAUUAGAGGUCUCUGAAGAGGCAACCAGGGCCGAGACAACACAUUGUCAUGGACCAUACUGUUGGAUAUAUGAGCACUUUCCGUCAGUUGCGGAGUGCAUCGUUGAUCCGAACUACGAUGAGUUGUCACCACGUGCAUGUCGAUGGAUUGCUACGAAGGCAACUGUGAAGUUCAUAUCUACAGCGACGUACAGGCAGCGUCUGGAUCGACUCAAGAUUCUUGUUGGAUGCCUUUUAGGGAGCAUCGAGUCAUUCGGGAGUUUGAUAUGA